AUGUCAUUUCAUCACCUUCAUCAUCAUCAUCAUCUUGCCGAAAAUUCCUGGCAGGAUCGAUCAAAUAACUAUGGAAGUGCUUCGACAAAUGCAAAUCGAGCAAAUAUUCAAGUAUCAACAUCGUCGAUUCCUAUAUCAUCGACUUCGAAUACUGUUGAUUUUCAGCCCCCAUAUUUUCCUCCCCCGUUCCCAACGGUUUCCCAUCAUCAACACCCUUUUGAACAAAUUCAAUCGAAUCAUGCACAUAAUCUUGAUUAUGUAUCCUCAUCAUCAUCACCACCAUUUACCGGUAAUCAAACGGCACAAUCUUAUAAUUCUCUUAUGCGCUCGUCGGCUAUCGAUGAAACAGCAGCACCAUUAAGUAAUCCUUACGGCGCAUAUGCAGAAUAUGCUGCUUCAUAUUAUACAAGACAUGCCAUGGUACUCGAUCCAGAAUCUUUACAACUCUAUAGGAAUGGUUUAUUAGGUACUGAUCCUAGCAAUGCAGCAGCGUUCCGAGUUCCGGGUCUUGACGACAAUAGUCCUUCGGGACUGUCAGAGCAUUACCGUGCGUCAUUUCAACGCGAUCCCCGUCGUAUUGAUUCGAAAGAAGGUAUUCAAUUAAAUCUAGGCAAUGGCAACGGUCCUAUAGCACCAACAGAUGUAUUCUGCAGUGUUCCAGGCCGAUUAUCGCUACUUAGCUCGAAUUCUAAGUAUAAAGUGUGUGUCGCUGAAGUUCAAAGACGUCUUUCGCCACCGGAGUGUCUGAAUGCGUCGCUACUUGGAGGAAUACUACGACGAGCAAAAUCGAAGAACGGCGGUCGAAUCUUACGUGAAAAACUCGAGAAGAUAGGUGUUAAUCUUCCAGCUGGAAGACGAAAAGCAGCAACAGUGACAUUACUAACAUCACUUGUAGAAGGUGAAGCUGCUCAUUUAGCACGCGAUUUUCAUUAUGUAUGUGAUCAAGAGUUUCCUGCGCGCCAAUGUGCUGAAUACAACAAUCGGCAAUAUCAUGCUACUCAUCAUCUACAAGAACCAGCUGGUAUCACAAAACGAAAACAAAAUAUUCUCGCAGCCAAACAAUUAAUAAAAGAGUUCACCGACUUAAUUUCUCAAGAUCGUUCGCCAUUAGGAACGAAUAGUCGUUUAGCACCUGUUCUGGAUGUUUCUAUACAGAAGCAUUUAACACAUUUUUCGUUAGUUACACAUGGUUUCGGCACACCAGCUAUCAUUGGCGCCAUGUCCGCCUUACAAAAUUACUUGACUGAAAUGAACAAAACUUUCGACAAAACAAUCGCAUCAGCAUCAACUACCGCAUCAUUAACAAAUGACAAUAAGAAAGAUUUAGAUCUUUUUCAUACAAAAACUUCGUAG